AAUAAAAAUAUUUGAAAAUCGCUCAACAUGAACGUUUUGGUCACGCUUAAGUUAAAGUUCGUCGUUUGCUGGAAAAUCAUCAUGCAGUCCGUCUCAAUGAAAAAAUCACUAUGGGUAAAACUCGACGACUUUUCAACUGUCCAGUCGCUCCCGCCUUACAAAUGAAGUGUUCACCUUCAACACGCUGGCUAGUAAAGUUUGGGCCACGCUGUACACUUACGAGCCUGAUUUCCUGCUGGUGGCACGAAAUUAAAUUAUUUACACUUCAAAAGCCACACAUUACAAUCAUGCCUGUGUAAAUAUGGACAUAAAACCGAGACCUCGGCAAGCGAGCCGAAAUUAGACUUUUAACCAUUAUUCCCUCAAAGAAUGUUGAUUUCGGGGUCGGUUUUCCUGAUAACUGGGGGCGCCUCAGGCAUGGGCAGGGCGGCAGCCGAAGUCCUGCUGCAAGAAGGGGCCCACUUGACUAUCCUGGACUUGCAGCGACCGCUGCAAGACGCAAACUUUCAAUUUGGCCACGAUCGAGUUCUGUUUUUACAGGUCGAUGUAACUUCAGAAAAAGACGUUCUGAACGCCAUGGACGCAACCAAGAGGAAAUUCGGCAAAUUGAAUGGAGUGUUAAACUGUGCGGCAGUAUUCUCGACUGCGCCUAUUUACGACUUCAAGACAUUGGAACCGCAUAGCAAGCAAAUUUUUAUGAAAAUCCUCGACGUGAAUCUUUGCGGGACAUUCAACGUGAUCCGAUUGGCUAUUGGUUUACUAGCAGAAAACGAGCCGGACGCCGAUGGGGAACGCGGCAUCAUCAUCAACACCAGCAG